AUGACAAGUCGCGUGGCGCUUAAAACGAACAAAUCUGCGUGCUCCGAAUCGGCGGGGAAGCAGAAGAACGACGCUGGAACUGCGUUCGAGGAUCCAGGGUGGCAUCCAAUAUCCGUGGUGUUUGGAGAUGACUGCUGUGUUCUUGAUCCCAACUCGUCCCACGUCAACCAUUACUUGAAGAUCGGCGAACAGAACCCUGCGUGGAGCGCCCGGAUUGCCGAACUCGCGUCCACGCCUCCGCAGAAGCUCGCCAACAAACUGACCACUUACACCUUGAUCGCCAUGGCCAUCUUCUCGCAUGUUGGUGCUGCUGCUGCUGUUGAUGAUGACGCUGCCAAUGUUACGAUACGGGAAGGUCUGAACGUCACGGUUCCGUUCGAAAUGAGUCACGCCGACACCAAGCAAGUCUCUCUGCUCAGCGGCAACGCUACGCUGGCCACCUGCUACACGAUGGGCACGACGAGCUGCGACGCGUUGACCGGCGCCACCCUCACCGUGAAGGACUGGUCUCCCCUCCGAGGACUGGUUUUUUUCCCCAAGGCGAACAUCGGAAUUUACAUCGUGAUUCCCCUAGACGCCAACGGGCACUUCGGCGCAAGGUUCCGCAUCAGUGUGGAGCCCCUUCCUACGACGACGACGACUCCCGUUCACCCAUCGGACCGGCCACCCUCCUCCACCACUGCGUGGUCACAGUCUCAUGUCACCCUUCUGUUCGUAGGGCUAUUAGUUACAUUAGUCACAUUAGCCAUAUUAGCCUGCCUAAUUUUCUAUUGCAGGCGUCAUGUCAAUUGCCGUGGUGAAUACCGCUGUGUGGGGAAACCAGACGUCGCUUAGCUUGCGACCGCCCCGUAGAACGCCGAGGAUUUGUCGUGACGCUGUUUUUUUGUCGUUUGGGGAACAAUUUUUUUGUUUAUUUACAAACAAUUAUUUUCAAAAGAAAAUCCCAAUACAGGGGCUCCUCUAGUCACGAGCAUUCGACUUGCGAACUUCUAGUUAUACGAACAGACCUGUUCGCGUGUCGAGUUGCCUGUUCGGACCGAGAGUUGUAAGUUCAACUCCCCGCAAUAGAUAACCAGUGGCAUCGACAUCUGUAGAACGUGAAGAAACAGUGCCAUCGACGUCUGCAGAACACGAACCAGUGGCAUCUACAUCUGCAGAACGUGAAGAACCAGUAGCAUCGACAUCUGCAGAACGUGAAGAACCAGUAGCAUCGAAUUCUGCAAAACAUGAAUCAGUGGCAUCGACAUCUGCAGAACGUGAAAAACCAGUGGCAUCUACAUCUGCAGAACGUGAAGAACCAGUGGCAUCUACAUCUGCAGAACGUGAAGAACCAAUGGCAUCUACAGAACGUGAAGAACCAGUGGCAUCUACAUCUGCAGAACGUGAAGAACCAAUGGCAUCUACAUCUACAGAACGUGAAGAACCAGUGGCAUUUACAUCUGUAGAACGUGAAGAACCAGUGGCAUCUACAUCUGCAGAACGUGAAGAACCAGUGGCAUCUACAUCUGCAGCACAUGAAGAACCAGUGGCAUCUACAUCUGCAGAACACGAAGAACCAGUGGCAUCUACAUCUGCAGAACAUGAAGACACCAGUGGCAUCUACAUCUGCAGAACAUGAAUAACCAGUGGCAUUUACAUCUGCAGAACAUGAAGAACCAGUGGCAUCUACAUCUGCAGAACAUGAAGACACCAGUGGCAUCUACAUCUGCAGAACAUGAAUAACGAGUGGCAUUUACAUCUGCAGAACAUGAAGAACCAGUGGCAUCUACAUCUGCAGAAGAUUAUGCAGCUUGUAAAGCCAUUCCGCCAUGUUUAGUGUACACGCCAUACUGCGUGUUUGGAAUCGACAGGGAGUAAAGUUGGACUUACGAAGAAAUCGACUUAUGAAGGCGGAACCUCUGUAACGUAACUCGUUCGUAAGUAGAGGGGUCCCUACUUCCGGGGUGUGGGGGUCGUUUCUAGCCCCCAUCAUUCGCUCGGCCAAUGAGAGGGAGACGUACGGCUCCGAGUCAAAUCACCAGCAACUCUAACCCCACCCCACCGGCGCGAUUAGAUUUUACUGUGUAACAAAUAUUGGUUUAUGUUCCUGGGUAGUAAGUGUUAUUUUUCAAAUUGCUUAUGCCUCAGAAGUACAGAAAGUGGUUAUUGUGCCCCACAAACUUUGCUUUUGUGACCAGGACAGUGAUAUUUAGAAAUGUUCCUGUUUUCAAUGAGAAAACAUGGUGGGCAUUUGUGUCAUUCCUUCACGUAAAGUCCUGGUCACAAAAUCAAAGUUUGUGGGGAGUAAUAGCCACUUUCUAUACUUUUGAGGCAUAAACAAUUUGCAAAAUAACACUUAAAAAUCGUGUUACAUCGUGUUAUUUAUAACGACAUUGGCGAUCGCGAUGACGGUUUUGAAAAAACGAAAAAAAAAUCAUUUACACCAUUGGUACCUCAUUUGCCAGCAACAAAACUGACACCUUUUUAACGAGGAGUCAUGUUUGCAUAGACCACAAUACCUGCAGUCAUAAUGCAAACAAAAAACAUAACUCUGAUAAUGUGUGCACUGUCCUUGAAGUUGAUUGGUCCACACCCGAGACAGCUUUCCUUAGAGUCUAGUCUCACAUGGGUUGGACCAGAUGACGCCGGUUUGAGAAAUGUGACGUCACAUCAAAAUGCGCAACUUUAAAUGAAUAUAGACAACACUUUCUACUUAAUUAAAUAGACUUUUUUUUAUAAAUGUUUUCUCUGAAAACAUCAGUGCGGCGCCACAUUAAAUACGCACUACAAUGACAAUAGUUUAAAGCGAUUUGAAGCAUGUUU